CGAUCAGAAUCUUUUUAACUUAGAUGGCGCAAUAAUACGUCUCUCUGAUUUAUUUGUUCGAAUAAAUGAGAAGCCUUUCAGCUUAUAUACAUUUUAUAAUUAUUUCUAUUACAAAUUUGUAAGAUAAAUUAAAUGAAAAGCUUAUAUAUAAUUUUAUAAAUAAAGAAUUAAAAUAAUAGGCAAUAUUUAAGAUUACAAUUUUUAGGGUUAGGAAUAUAUAUUAGUUUUGAUAUCAGGGAUGUCUAUUGUGAUUCCUAGUACCUUGUUCCUUAGGAUUUAUUAUUAGUUUAAAUAUUUUUCUAUAAUAACGAGUAUUUAAUAAAUAUUCUACCUAAAAUAGAUAUCUUUAAUAUAAAAUUAUUUAAUCGUAGUUAAAAAUUGGCCACAUAUAAGUGUUAUAAUAAUGGAAAAUAUAAUAAUGCUAAAUUCUGAUACAUUAUUGGUAUUGAUGAUAACGAUAACCAAUCGACUUUUCGUAAUCGACUGAUAGUAGAACAAGUAGAAUAUUUACUUGCUGAUUUUCUUAUGGAAUUAUUAAUAUAAAUACAUAAAAACGUAUCACAUAGUGAUAUAAAUAUUUUUAGUUGUAAUUAAUAUAUUUAUAAUUACAAUAUUUUAUUUUUUAAAAUGCCCAUCGUAAAAAGAAUUCCCAAUAUUGGUCUACGUACUUAUAGUUCUAAGGUAAAAUUAAAUGAUGUAGUCAUAGUCAGCGCAGCCAGAACACCUAUGGGUUCCUUCCUUGGAUCGCUCUCUAAUUUAUCUGCAACUAAACUUGGAGCAGUUGCUAUACAAGCAGCAAUUGAACGUGCUGGUAUAGCUAAAGAUCAAGUUAAAGAAGUAUACAUGGGAAAUGUUUGUCAAGCUUAUCUUGGUCAAGCUCCAGCUAGACAAGCUACUUUAUUUGCUGGGCUACCCAAUUCAACGAUCUGCACCACGGUAAAUAAAGUCUGUGCAAGUGGUAUGAAGAGCAUUAUGCUUGCUGCUCAAUCAUUACAAUGCGGACAUCAAGAAAUUGUACUUGCUGGUGGAAUGGAAUCUAUGUCCAAUGUACCAUUUUAUCUUAAAAGGGCCGAAACUAUGUAUGGUGGUAUAAAACUUGAGGAUGGCAUUGUAUUUGAUGGCUUGACUGAUGUAUAUAACAAGUGCCAUAUGGGUAAUUGCGCCGAAAACAUUGCCAAAAAAUUGAAUAUCACACGACAAGAACAAGAUAAAUAUGCAAUUAAUAGUUACAAACGUAGUGCUGCAGCCUACGAAAAAAAAGUUUUUAAUGAUCAAAUUGUAUCAGUUAAUGUACCUCAGAAAAAAGGUAAACCAGAUAUUAUUUUUACAGAGGAUGAAGAAUACAAAAAAGUGAAUUUUGAUAGAUUUGACAAAUUAAAUACUGUUUUUCAGAAAGAAAAUGGAACUGUAACCGCUGGAAAUGCAUCAACAUUAAAUGAUGGUGCUGCUGCUUUAAUUUUAACAACUAUUGAUGUAGCACAAAAGUUAAAUCUGAAACCUUUGGCUCGUAUAGUAGGUUUUCAAGAUGCUGCAACUGAUCCCAUUGACUUUCCAAUUGCACCUGCUCUUGCUGUUCCCACUCUGUUACAAAAUACUGGAUUAAACAAAAAUGAUAUAGCUCUUUGGGAAAUUAAUGAAGCUUUUAGCGUUGUGGUUAUAGCUAAUCAAAAAUUACUUGAUAUCGAUCCUUCGAAAGUAAAUGUACACGGUGGUGCGGUAUCUCUUGGACAUCCGAUAGGGAUGUCAGGAGCUCGAAUCGUCGUGCACUUAGUGCAUGCCUUAAAGUCUGGAGAAAAAGGUGUCGCAUCUAUUUGCAAUGGUGGCGGUGGUGCUUCCUCUAUUUUAAUUGAAAAAUUGUAUCACUCGGUUUCAACUCCGCCAAAACUAACGCUAUAUACGAAGCAUCCUUGUCCUCUUUGCGACAUCUUAAAGGAUGAAUUGCACUUACGUUUCGCUAAUCGAUAUCAAUUGGAAGAAGUUGAUAUUACGGCCUUGGGAAACGAAGCGUAUCUUAAAUUAUAUCGAUAUGAAAUACCAGUUCUCUUUUUGGAAGGUCAAUAUCUUUGUAAACAUCGUUUGGAUUCUGAUCUCUUAGAAAGGAGACUUAAAGAAUUGAUGUCAUGAAAAAAUAACAUAAUAUAUAAUGUUAUCAAA